AUGGAGAGUCAUAACUCCAGUCCAGACAACAUUCCGACCAAGGAUGAUGCUGGUGUCUCUCAACACGAAUCUCAUGUGCUUUCUCCUGUUCUCGAAGACAAUCAACCUCUUGCAUCCAUCAUUCCGACUGCGUCUGCUGAAGAAAGCCAUUCAAAUGACGAGUCUCCACCCACUCAUCAAGAUGAAACUUCCAAACUGGCUACACCUGGUUCUAAUGAAAUUUCGAACCUUGGAACUACGACUGAAGGAGGGGAUGAGGAAGACGAUGAACUUCCGGAAGAGUUGUCAAGGUUAGUGGAUAAGGAAUCCAAGAGCAUGCUCCCUCCACAAGAGGCCAUUGAAACCAUAAACUUGGGAACAGAUGAAGAACCCAAAAACAUUAAGAUUGGGGCAACGCUAGGUAAGGACGUAAAAGCAACGUUAAUCAAGCUCCUCCACGAGUAUGCAGAGAUUUUUGCUUGGUCAUACCGUGAUAUGCCGGGGUUGGAUACAGACAUCGUGGUACACAGGUUACCUCUCAAAGAAGGAUGUGCGCCGGUCAGGCAAAAGCGCAGAAGGGUUCGACCAGAUAUGGAUAGUAAGAUUAGGGAAGAGGUGCUCAAACAGUUCGAUGCCGGGUUUCUUGCUGUGGUUGACUACCCACCUUGGAUUGCAAACAUAGUGCCGGUUCCUAAAAAAGACGGGAAAGUGCGCAUGUGUGUAGAUUACAGGGAUCUAAAUAAAGCAAGUCCAAAAGAUGAUUUCCCACUUCCACAUAUAGAUAUCUUGGUGGAUAAUACAGCACAAGCUUCAGUGUUCUCUUUUAUGGAUGGUUUCUCCGGGUAUAAUCAGAUUAAGAUGGCUCCCGAGGAUAUGGAAAAGACUACCUUCAUGACCUCUUGGGGCACUUUUUGCUACAAAGUAAUGCCAUUCGGGUUGAGAAAUGCAGGGGCAACAUAUCAAAGAGCCAUGGUCACAUUAUUCCAUGAUAUGAUCCAUAAAGAGGUCGAAGUAUAUGUAGAUGAUAUGAUUGCCAAGUCUCGCACUGAAGAAGAACAUAUUACAAAUCUACAUAAGCUGUUUGAACGUCUAAAGAAGUACAAGCUAAGGUUAAACCCGAACAAGUGUACGUUUGGUGUAAGAUCGGGAAAGCUGUUGGGAUUCAUUGUAAGCCAACGAGGUAUAGAGGUUGAUCCCGAUAAAGUAAAAGCCAUACAAGCGAUGCCCGUUCCAAAAACAGAAAAAGAGGUACGAGGUUUCCUGGGUCGAUUGAAUUACAUCUCAAGGUUCAUUUCACAUCUAACAGCUACAUGCGAGCCUAUAUUCAAACUACUCAGGAAAGAUCAACCUAUCAAGUGGAAUGAUGAUUGUCAAGUAGCCUUCGAAACCAUAAAGAACUACUUACAAGAACCACCUAUACUCUUACCUCCUGUACCCGGAAGGCCACUAAUCAUGUACCUCACAGUACUCGAAAGGUCUAUGGGGUGUGUACUGGGGCAACAAGAUGAAACAGGCAGGAAAGAACACGCUAUUUACUACCUCAGUAAGAAAUUCACGGAUUGCGAGUCUCGGUAUUCACCAUUGGAAAAGACAUGUUGCGCCCUAGCAUGGGCCUCCAAACGUCUAAGGCAAUAUAUGCUGAACCACUCCACAUGGCUGAUAUCGAGAAUGGAUCCUUUGAAAUACGUGUUCGAAAAACAGGCUCUCACGGGUAGAAUUGCAAGAUGGCAAAUGUUGUUGUCCGAAUACGACAUACAGUAUGUAACUCAAAAAGCAAUAAAAGGGAGUGUCUUGGCAGAACAUCUUGCCCACCAACCACUCGAGGAAUACCAAUCUAUGAAGUUCGACUUCCCAGACGAGGAUAUUAUGCUAGUAAGAGACUAUGAAAUACCGGGACCCGAUGAGGGACCCGAACCGGGUUUGGUAUGGAAACUCAUGUUCGAUGCAAGACUAUGUUUCGACUGUACCAACAACAUUGCAGAAUACGAAGCAUGCAUAUUGGGGUUAGAAGCUGCAAUCGACCUAAGAAUCAAACUCCUUGAUGUAUACGGAGACUCAGCAUUGGUAAUCCAUCAGGUCAACAAAGAGUGGGACACUCGAGAUGCAAAGCUAAUCCCAUACCGAGACCUUAUACUGGAGUUGACAGCUGAAUUUGAUACUAUCACCUUUACUCAUAUCCCGAGGGAAGAAAAUCAAAUAGCCGAUGCACUAGCAACGCUUUCCUCUAUGUUCAAAGUGACCUGGCCAAACCAUGAACCACGAAUAACCGUUAGGCACUUCGACGAACCUGCCUAUUGUCUCACGAUCGAGGAACAGUCUGACAACAAACCAUGGUACCACGACAUUAAAGAGUACCUGGAAAAACAAGAAUACCCGGAGAAUGCCUCAACAAUUGAUAAAAAGACACUGAGGAGACUUGCAUCCAAGUUCUUCUUAAGCGGAAGCAUCCUAUACAAAAGGAACUAUGAUUCAGUGUUAUUGAGGUGUGUAGAUAAAAACGAGGCCAAGGAAAUUAUCAGGGAGGUACAUGAAGGAACCUUCGGAACUCAUGCAAACGGACAUUCAAUGGCUAGAAAGAUACUGCGGGCAGGGACCUGUCACAAGUGCCAAAUCUACGCUGACAAGGUGCACGUACCACCAAACCCGUUGAACGUUCUGAGUUCACCAUGGCCAUUUGCAAUGUGGGGAAUCGACAUGAUAGGGAUGAUAGAACCUAAAGCUUCGAACGGACACCGAUUUAUAUUAGUCGCCAUAGACUACUUCACCAAAUGGGUCGAAGCUGCCUCUUACACCAACGUAACAAGACAAGUAGUCACUCGGUUCAUCAAGCAUAAUAUCAUAUGUCGGUAUGGGAUUCCAAGCAGGAUUAUCACCGAUAAUGGGUCAAAUCUGAACAAUAACAUGAUGAGGGAGCUGUGCGAGGAGUUCAAGAUUGAACACCACAAUUCUUCACCAUACAGGCCUAAAAUGAACGGCGCUGUCGAAGCUGCAAACAAAAAUAUCAAAAAAAUCCUAGUCUACGGUAUGGAAGCUGUCCUCCCAAUCGAAGUGGAGAUCCCGUCAUUAAGAGUCAUAACUGACACAAAGUUAGAAGAAUCGGAAUGGGUAAAAACUCGUUUCGAUCAGCUUAAUCUCAUUGAAGAAAAGCGACUGACAGCUUUGUGUCAUGGACAACUCUAUCAGAAGAGGAUGAAAAAAGCGUUCGAUAAGAAGGUCCGACCGCGAACCUACAAAGAAGGUGACAUUGUCCUCAAGAAGAUACUGUUACCUCGACUCGACGCCCGUGGAAAAUGGACACCUAACUACGAAGGUCCAUACAUUGUAAAAACGGUGUUCUCGGGAGGGGCAUUAGUCCUCACUACAAUGGAUGGGGAUGAGCUAUCGCACCCAAUCAAUUCAGAUGCAGUCAAGAGGUACUAUGCCUAG